AUGGAACGCAGCGAGAGAGAAUCGUUGUCGAAGAAGGAAGAAGAAGAUGGGCAAGCCAUCAUCCAAAUGUGGAAAUACAUAUUUGGUUUCUCUGAAAUGGCAGCCAUAAAAUGUGCCAUAGAGCUUCAAAUAGCUGAUAUCAUUGAAGACCAUGGCGGCCCCAUGACAUUGCCCCAACUCUCCUCCACUCUACACUGUUCUUCACCUCUCCUGCAUCGAAUCUUAAGAUUCCUUGUCCGUCGAGGAAUCUUCAAGGAAUAUUCCAUAUCCGACGACCUGAUCGGCUAUGCUCAGACGCCUCUAUCGCGCUUGCUCGCCACCAAGAACGGCAGCAGCUUGGCCCCCUUCAUGCUGCUGGAAGCCAGCCCGGCGAUGCUUGCAGCAUGGCAUAACUUGAGCGCGCACGUCAAGAGUGGCGGCAGGUUCCCAUUUGAGGCUGCGCAUGGCAUGGAUGUGUGGGGCUAUGCUGCGGCUAAUCCAAAGCAUAAUGGGCUGAUUAAUGAGGCCAUGGGGUGCUCUACGGGGCUGGUUGUGGCUGCUAUACUUGAUGGUUGUCAAGGGAUUUUUGAUGGGGUUGGGAGUUUGGUUGAUGUGGGUGGAGGAAAUGGUGCUACUUUGAGUGUUGUUGUUAAGGCGUGUUCGUGGAUUCGAGGUAUUAAUUUCGAUCUUUCUCACGUUGUUUCUACGUCGCCUGUGUAUGAACGUGUGGAGCAUGUUGCUGGUGAUAUGUUUGAUUUUGUUCCGAAUGCUGAUGCUGCUUUCAUUAAGUGGACUCUACAUGAUUGGAACGACGAAGAAUGUAUUACUAUUUUGAAGAAUUGUAAGGAGGCGAUUCCGAAGAACACAGGUAAAGUGAUCAUUGUUGAUGCAGUAAUCGAUGAAAAAGAAGAAACCGAGCAAUCAGAUGUUGGGUUGAUGUUGGACUUGGUGAUGAUGGCUCAUACUAGCAGAGGCAAAGAAAGAACACGUAAAGAAUGGGAAUAUGUUAUUAAUGCAGCUGGUUUUAGUCGAUUCACUGUUACAUGCAUUCAAGCUAUCCAAUCAGUUAUCGAGUGCUUCCCAUAA